AUGAUCCACCCUGAGCAAUGUGUCGGGCAGCGUAGUUUCCUCUCCAAGCCAGACCGACGGCCGCUGCUCCCCACAAGUCCCUGCAGAAACCGGAUGCUGGGCCUGUUUGAGCCGGACUGGCGCCGGCCCCGCCAUGGCCCUAUCGACCCCCUGCGCCUCGACUUCCCCGGCCUCAGCGCCGACGCGCGCGCCGCCAUGCGCAGCUGGCAGGUGCUGAACCCGCGCCAUGCCUACCGCCUGUGGGACGCGGCCGACGUCGAGGCCCUGGUGGCCGCGCACUACCCGGCCCUGCUCCCUGCCUGGCGUGCGCUGCCCCACGCAGUGGAGCGCGCCGACCUGGGGCGCUACCUGGUCGUGCACCGCCACGGCGGCGUGUAUGCCGACGCCGACGUGGCGGCGCUGCAGCCGAUGGACGAGGUCCUGCGCCCCGGAGACGCGCUGGUGGCGGCCUGGGAGAACGUCAUCCCCCUCGGCGAGGUCGCGGAGCGCGAGUUCGGGCGCCAUGCGCAGCUGCUGCAGUGCGGGCCCGGGCCCUUCACCGACGAGGUGGCGGCCGGGUUCCAGUGGACGGACGGUGCGCGAUCGCUGCUGCCGCGGUCCAGCCUGCACCUCUUUACGGGGUCGUGGAAGGAGAAGCCGGUGAAGGACGGGCCGGUGAAGGAGGGGGAGGAGCUCUGGAACGUGCAGCGGUCGGAGGGGGAGGGGCAGGCCGGUGGCAGCGAGCAGCAGCCUGGGGAGCUGCCUACGCCCGCCAAACCCCUGUACGAGGCGGACUACGUCCCGCCCGGCGUGACCCCCCUCCUGCCCACCACCUGCCUGGAGGAGCCGCGCUUCGUGGUCCUGCACCACGGCCUGGGACUGGGUGUGCCCGGCGACCAGGUGGACGCGGGCCUGGCGCUGAUGCGCUUCGGCGCGCUGGGGCCAGGCGGGGACGUGAGCACCCCCUCCCGCACGCUCCGCGCCUUCUUCGAGGCCUGCGAGAGGCAUCAGCGCGCCCGCACCGGCGCGCGCGACGCCGCCCCGGCCACCCUGGUCGACGUCGGCGCUGGCUAUGGCAUGCUGGCCCUGGCGGCGGCCGCCCGCGGCUACCGCGUGCGCGCCUUCGAGGCCGCGCCGCACGCGGCGCAGGCGCUGCACGCCUCCAUCGCCCACAACGGCUUCCAGGGCCGGGUCACGCUGGUCGAGGGCGUCCUGCGCCCCAACCCGGCGGAGGAGCCGGCGUCCGGGGCGCCGACGCGGGGAGACGCCCCCCUGGUGUGCCUCUCGCCGCGCGGCGAGGCAGCCGCGCACGGCUACGCCGGCGAGGGCGGCGGCUUCCAGGCCGACGACGCGCGCAACGGCACCCGCGCGGCGCUCCAGGGCUGCCCCGCCGGGCAGCCCCGCGCGGCGGUGCACCGCGCGCCAAGCGCGCUGGGCGGGCUGGGCACCGACCUCGCCGGCCUGCGCCUGAACGCCUGGUCCUGGGGCGGGCGGCUGGCGCAGGAGCUGGCGCCGGCGCUGGCGCGCGCAGGGCUGCCGCCCGUGCUGCUGGAGCUGCCGGGCGGGCCGCGCGACGUGCCGCCCGGCCAGGAGUCGGCCGCGCUGGCGCUGGCCGCGCUGUACAGAGCCGGGUACGUGCACGCGCGGCACUGGGGCGACGCGUGCCGCGCGCGCUGGGACGCGGAGCGCGCCGCGCUGCUGGACGGCCUGCUGGGGGGGGGGAACCUGGACGGCACCGAGGCGCGCGGCUGCGCGCUGACCGAGCCGGAGCUCGGGGUGCUCGCCUCCCUCUCCUGGCACCAGAACGCCACCGAGGUCUACCUCGUGACCGGCGUGGCGUGA